AAGAGGAACAGAGGGAGGGGAAAAACAAUCACGCUAUCAUUAUUACUCCGGGUUCUAAGUCCACGCGGUGAUUGUCAGCGUUUGUUGACAGUGUCUGUGUCAGUUUUCUGACACUUUUUUUCAACACUUCAUUGAAUUAUAUUUUCUCUUAACUACCGGACAGGACGGUGGUGCCUGUUGUGGUGACAGUUUGGUGUCCCAGUUGGGUGAGCAGGCUGUCGCGGGACAGACGCUCACAUCUGUGAUAACAGAGUCGGAUCGGUGUGAGCCAGGGGAGGAGGACUCGGCGUGCGUGCCACCAUGCCUGUGCGACAGAAAGACGCCCAGCGUGCCCUGGAGCUGCUCCAGCAGUAUCGAGCCAAGCUAGACCAGAGACAGCAAAAGGCCAAACAGGGACCUGUGGAGGAAGACCACCAGCUGCAGCAGUCUUUGGACAAAGUCAUCAACGUCUUUCAAAGUCAGCUCUUCAGUGCACUUCUUGAUAUCCAGGAGUACUAUGAGUUUACCGUCCUUGCAGACAGCAAGUGCUCUGCGGACAGUCCCAAGAACCUUGCUGCCUCCUGCUGGCUGCCAGCAGAACCCUCAGCCCAGCCACUGUCCUCCACAGGUCCCUUGACCUCCAGCAUUUCUGAUGGACAAUCCCAACCCAAACCACUCGUCUCCAAACCCAGGUCAUUCAAGUAUCCUGCGCCUCCAGUACCAUCAGCAACACCAGCAACAAAGCCAUCUUCGCCUACAACGCAGUCCAGCACACCUGAGUUGCAGCUGGCCAAAGUGAAGUACCGUGCUCCUCUUCCUCCUGCUCAACCGGGGGGCUCCAAAUCAUUUGAAGCGGAGACUUCUAAACCCAGUGUCGCAGUUAGUAAUGCAGAAACCCCGACCGGCUCCACAAAUACAUCUCCUGGAGUGUCGCUAAAUGGAACAAAGCUUACUGCCACCAGCUCUGGCGUUUCUUCAGAAAGCUCCACCAGCCCACAAAGCAUUCCUGCUUCUUCUGACCUGGUGACAGUCUCAGCCCUCGUCUCGAGCACCAUUCAAGGCCUUGUGUCUCCAACUGCUCCGGUCAAACCUGCCCGCACCAGGAUCCCUUCCAGCACAAGCCCAGGUCCCAACAAAGUCACAGAUUCUGUCCCUACUGCUCCUCUGACCAGCAAGGACUCAGGAUUCAGCAAAGUCACUCCCAUUCCAAGUCCGACUAGUCCAAGCCAGGGAAAAUUCACCUUCAGCGGACGCAGGUCCACAAGUCCUCCUGGACAGCUGAACAAAGGACCUUAUGCCCCAACCAGUCCUGGACCAGGACAGGGCCCUUCCACUAGCCCAACCCAUGGUCCAGCCCUCUCCAGGCCACCCACGAGCCCAGUGACCCACAACAAGAAGUAUCGGUGUCAAGAAGAGGAAGGGGCAUCACCAGGUGCCCCAAAACUCCACCAUCACCCCUGCCAGCAUCACCAAAUGGGAGUAGCCAGAGAGCUGAGGGAAGGAAGUACCCUGGGGAGGGAUGGAGGGACCCUGGGUAGGGAGGGAGGAACCUGGAGGAGAGAUGAAGGGAGUGCUGGAACCAUGGAGAGAGAAAGGGAACGGUCACUGGGGAGGGACGGCUCUCUCGGUCGCCACAAUGACCUCCGGGGAGCGGAGCUGGUUCAGGUGGCGGAGCGUCAGCUAUCUCAGAUUCAACACGUUCAUGGAUAUGUCACUCAUACACACAUCACGCCUGCUCAGGUAGAAUCACCUGAGGUUUCCUUUGAUGACGAGGCGUGGCCUCACCCAGAGGGAGAGAGGCUGAAUGAAGUCCCAGCCCCACCUUUCUCCUCUCUCUAUUCUCAAAGCCACGCCUACUACCAGGCCAACCCCCCUCCAGUGGUGGUCAACACCGACAGCGUCGACACCCCCCCAUAUGUCAAUGGAACAGAAGCAGACUAUGAGUAUGAGGAAAUCACAUUGGAGCGGGGUAACUCAGGCCUCGGCUUCAGUAUCGCUGGAGGGACCGACAACCCCCACAUUGGAGAUGACCCCUCGAUCUUCAUCACCAAGAUUAUACCUGGAGGAGCUGCAGCCCAGAAUGGACGACUCAGGGUGAAUGACUGUAUAGUCCGGGUGAAUGAGACGGACGUCAGAGAAGUGACCCACAGCGGCGCCGUGGAGGCUCUAAAGGAGGCAGGUGGUCUGGUCAGACUGUGUAUACGACGCAGGAGGAGCCUCACCGAGAGAAUCCUGGAUAUCAAACUAGUCAAAGGCCCCAAAGGUUUAGGAUUUAGUAUAGCUGGUGGAGUUGGAAACCAACAUGUCCCUGGCGACAACAGCAUCUAUGUGACCAAAAUCAUUGAGGGAGGAGCAGCACACAAAGAUGGACGUCUACAAAUAGGCGACAAGCUUGUUGCUGUAAAUGGUUCCUGUUUGGAGGAGGUAACUCACGAGGAGGCAGUGGCCGCCCUAAAGUCGACUCCUGAUGUCGUGUACCUGCGUGUGGCCAAACACACCUCCCUUUUUAUCAAUGACAACUUCCCUCCGCCCGAUGUCACUAACUCAUAUUCCCCACACCAGGAUAACCACAUCAGCCCCUACAUGAGUGGCAGCCAAUCUGUAAGCCCUGCCCCACUGACCACCCCCAGAUACUCACCGCUGCCCAGGUCCAUUGCAGGAGACGAUGAUAUCACCCGGGAACCCAGACGGGUGGUGCUGCAGAGGGGAUCUACAGGUCUCGGAUUUAACAUUGUUGGAGGGGAAGAUGGAGAAGGCAUCUUCAUUUCCUUCAUUCUUGCUGGAGGUCCAGCUGAUCUCUGUGGGGAACUUCGAAAGGGAGACCGCAUCCUGUCGGUGAAUGGAGUGGACCUGUCCAGUGCAACACACGAGCAGGCAGCCGCAGCUCUGAAAAAUGCAGGACAGACCGUCACCAUAGUAGCCCAGUUCAGACCAGACGAGUACAGUCGUUUCGAGGCAAAGAUCCAUGACCUGAGGGAACAGAUGAUGACCAGCAGUGUCAGCUCCAGCUCCACGUCUCUCCGCUCCACACAGAAGCGCACACUUUACGUCAGGGCCUUGUUUGACUAUGAUGGAAGUGCUUCGGAUCUGAGCGCGCCCAAUCAGGCCCUGCCCUUUCAUUUUGGGGAUAUCCUCCACGUGAGCAGCGCCAGCGAAGAGGAGUGGUGGCCCGCCCGUCACCUCAGCCCCCCGCCCCCAAACUGCCCGGAAGUCGGGGUCAUCCCCAGCCGCCGGAGGGCAGAAAAGAAGGAGAGGUCGAGGUUAAAGACAGUCAGAGUGAGCAGGUCUCAGGACAGAUCAGAUCAGGAUGAUAAAGCCGGUCAGGAGGAGAUCCUUCUCACCUACCAGCCUGUCAUGCAGCAUGAAGUUAAUUACACACGGCCAGUCAUCGUGCUUGGACCAAUGAAAGAUCGGGUUAACGAUGACCUCAUCUCCGAGUUCCCUGACAAGUUUGGCUCCUGCGUCCCACACACAACACGGCCACGGAGAGACUACGAGGUGGAUGGCAGAGAUUACCACUUCAUGUCCUCCAGAGAGCUCAUGGAGCGAGAGAUUCAGGAGCACAAGUUCAUCGAGGCUGGACAGUAUAACAACCAUCUGUAUGGAACCAGCAUACAGUCUGUCAAAGAGGUCGCUGACAAGGGCAAGCACUGCAUACUGGAUGUAUCAGGGAACGCGAUAAAGCGUCUCCAGAUGGCAGGCCUCCAUCCCAUCGCUAUCCUCAUUAGACCACUCAGUGUCGACAACAUUUUAGAGAUGAAUAAGCGUCUCAGUGAGGAGCAGGCAAGGAAGGCCUACGACAGAGCUGUGAAACUGGAGCAGGAGUUCACAGAGUACUUCACUGCAAUCGUCCAGGGCUCAACUCUAGAGGAAGUGUAUUCGCAGGUGAAGCAAAUCAUCGAGGAGCAGUCUGGUCCUUACAUCUGGGUUCCCACCAAGGAGCGACUCUGAAUAAAUACCCAUAUACAACAUACUCACACACACACACACACACACAAACAUCAGCCUCUCUGCACACUUCCUUCUUGUCUAAUUUUCUAUUAUCAGCCUGCUUCCUUGCUCUCUUUUUCUUAUGCACGCACAUCACUACAUGCAUUGACACAUUUACAUAAGCACAUUCAGUGGGACGAGGCUGGGACUAUCUGGGACUGCUGCUUCCUGAAGUGGGAGGAGCUCAUGUCUGUCCAGCAGCCUAUUGGUGGAUCUUCCUACAGCUCAGUUCCUUAAUGUUUAAGGAGGUGGUUUAAAUCAAGGCGACAUGUACCAUUAUCUGAUUUGAUUUCAUUAUUGUUCUUCUUAUUGUUGUUGUCGUUGUUGUUUUCAUAUUAACGAAGGGUAAUGCAUUCAUGUAUGGGUUUGUAAUGAUUAUAUUGUCACCAAGAGGCAGAUUUUUGCACGCUGUAGCUUUAAGAGCAUGUUUUUGGGACAAAAUCUUGAUCUCCUUCCCUCUCUGUCUGUCUCUCCUCAUAGCAUCACUCUUGUUUACAGUUUCUUAUUCAUGUUUUUUCUCAAUCCUCAAUCCUUUCAUUCCCUUUCUUCCUUUGACUAUCCACAGACUUUAGAUAUGAGGUGAAAAUCAUUAUAAAAUUUUCAAUACGCCGCAGAAUUUUGGCAUCAAAACAAAUACUGUUUAGAGAUGUAGCAAGAAUAUAUUAAUCAUUUAAUCUGUAAGCAAUGUGUGACAUAAUAAUAAUUAUAUUAAGAAGCAGCAGUUCUCGAUCCGAUAACAAACGAAGAUUAAAUUCAAAUAAAUAAAGUGCAAAGCCCUCUAUCAGUAGUUUGCUAUUAAAAGGUCAAAAACAAACUGCCUCAUAUUGAUGAUGGAGUACGUUUGGAGCUCUGGGCCUGCAUUCAUCACAUUUCUGAGAAAUAUUUUUAAUAUAACUCACCGUUCUCCAUGGUGAGCAGAGACAAGGUCAUAUUUAUCAGGCAGCUCACUGCGAUUUACAGCCAAAGAGAAAACACGAUAGAGCAGCUCAUAAGGCCAUCGAACGAUCAAUCACCAAUCAGAGUCAAGUCAUCUGCACUGUUGCUCGUUACUUUUUACAAAUUCUUAUCUUCAAUAGAAAUGUAUCGUCUAAUUUACAAAAUACAUAAAUACUUUGUCUGGAAUACAAAGUACAGAUGAAGGGAAAAUGGUAAAAAUCUUUAAAAUGUUAAAAUCAGAUACAAAUAACAGAUUAUUGUACAAGCUGUAGUUUGUGUAAACACUCCAAAACAACAACAUUUAAGUCAGAAUAAAACCAUAAACUGCUCCAGUUUGUUAGGAGAAAUCAAAUAAAACUGAAUUUAGACAUUUUUCUUAUUACUUAAGUUCUAAAAUUGUACUCGACAGCUCGACAAACAGUGGCCCAGAUUCGAGAUCGAGUCUGUUUCGUAGAAGCUUUCAUCUCAAAGAGGCUUCUCUGCCUUUUCCUUCCACCUCCGCUUCCUUCUCUCUGUCUCAUGCCUUCGUGUCUCCUCCUCUGCGCAGUGUGACGUUAGUUACGCACGCCAGCAUUAAACAGUGUAUCUUCUGCUUCAUCAUCACUAUCAUCACGAUCGUAAUCAUCAUUGUUACGGCUUUCCUUCUUACCGUAGUUGCACUAAUGAGGGCUGGUUUCUUAAAAGCAUCUUUACCCUCCCAGUGUUUCCGGUCUGCGCACGUGAUGCACGACAGACUCGCUUUUCCCUCAGCGAUGAUUGAGCUGCUUUGAGACGAAGCUGGUCGACGCGGUUUUUUUGGUAAAGGUUAAAAAACACGUCAUACUGUCGUUGAUGAGUAUUUUAGGGGUAUCGAGUGUACUCUUCUGGAGAAACUUGCUGUUUGGAUUAACCAUUUAACUGUAAUCCACUUUUCCCCCCGCUGGAUUUAUAAGUUUAAGCAUUGACCCCCCUUUUAAGUUUAAGCCUUUAUGUGUGACCUCCGCACUCCAUCCAUAAUUAUCCAAGGGUUAUAUCUUGGAGCCUGUUUUCAUUAUUUCACAAAUGUCUACUUUAUGCAUUGAAGGAUGAAAUGUUUGGCUUUUCAUUCAUUUAGGAGGCCACACAGCACGAGAAGCAAACCUAACCCUGUUAAGCCUGAGCCAUUCCUUUCCUUCUGACAAAUGAAAAAAGAAGAAAAAAAGAAAUGAAUUAUCAAUACACGAGUUUCAAUCUGUAUAAUUUUUGCUUUAUCUGACAUUUUUUAGGUUGAUGAUAUUUAAAGAAGUUUAAAAAAACUCACAACUCAUGUGUUAUAUAUGAUACAGUUGGCGUUAUGGGGUUAAAGCUACUCAGUGGAGUCUGUGACCACAUUAACAGCACAUGUAACCUAACAAUGGCGACUCUGUUGGUCAUGUGAAGCUUGCUUAGUGCAUCUGUUACCUGUAGUAGUCUUUUCAGAGGCUUUGCUGCUUGUCGCCAAGGCUCAGCUUAACAACACGUGACUAAACUCUACUUGUACUGAAAACGAAAACGAAAACAACAACAAAAAAAAUCAUAGCAGUGUUGUUGAGUAUAUCUGUUUUUUAGCAUUGCAUCUGCUUUAUCGCAAGGGCCAUUUAAUGCAUUCUACUCAGUGGCCUGAAAGGUGCUGUGGAGCAAUAUUAUUUUCACUUUCUUGCAAUCCAGGUUGCACCUGUAAAGUUUGUCGCAUGACUGCAAAAAAUUAUUUAAACUCUAUCCGCCUCAUAGAUAUUUUGUUAUUCGGAUUAGAGCGUACAUUCUUGAGAGCCCUUUGCUACGUAAUUGGCGUUGGUGUAAUAUUUCCAGUUUCUCCAGGGAGCAACAUCGCGAGUGCUGAGGUCAUGAACGACACUCACCGGAAACACGAUGUAACAUAAUCUCUUGUUUUCCAAACGUAACAUUCGAGAUCCCAAGAUGCUUUUGGCGACGCAGCCCCCACCUGUAUGGACCUUGUCAGCCACCCGCUCCCCAUCUCCAUCCUCCAACCCCGAGGCGACUUCUCCAAGCUGACUGGAGACUGGAGACGUAUAGAAAGACUGUUCUGUCAACAGAGUAGCUUUUUAUUUCAAAUAACAGCCAGUUUUUGACCGCAUGUGUUUUAAAAGGCUUUAAAUGUUUCUCCACAGAAUGUUCAGAUAGGCCAAAUCUGUAAUCCUCACUGAUUCAGGUCGAUCAGUACUGUGUUUGUGUGUUGACAGAACUGGGCUGUCUGUAUGACUCUGGCUGUGUGUUUUUAGCCAGGGCACCAUGCCACUGUAUGUUAGAGUAAAGCACCGAUGCAAAGAAUCUAUUACAGAGAUGGAACUAUAUCUAACAUAUAAUAUUUAUCCCUGCUCUAACUGCCUAUUUUGGUACAAAAAAACAUAAAUAAAAGUCUUUAUUGAGAUUUGCUGAAAUCCUUUUACCUUUAA